UGGUGACUCAGGCAGACACUUUUGAGGUAAUGAGUAGCCGCAGUGCCUCACCGCUUGCUGGUCCUUGGUCCUGGGGUUUUCCCAGGAGAUGGUCAUGUCUACUUCACUCCUCUUCUCUGAGGAAAUCUUGAACCCAUCACACAAGGGUCCAGAGUCUGUGCUCCAGUGGACACAGCGCCAUGAUGAAGAGUUCACGAAUCGCUUAGCCCAGAGCAACCUGGAACACUGUAAGCACACAGGAAAUGUCUGCCGAUGGUGUCCCAGUGAUCUUGUAGAGCAGAAAUGUCCACAGGUUGACGGCGCACAUCUGGCCAUUAGGAAAACUCUUUUCAAGGUUCUUUCUCCAGUAGAGCACAGCUCUGACUGUAGCGUGGUCUCUGUCUUAAUCGUUGUAACAAAACAUCUAAGAGGGCUGGAGAGAUGGCUCAGUGGUUAAGAGCACUGACUGCUCUUCCAGAGGACCCAGAUUUAGUUCCCAGCACCCACAUGGCAGCUCACAACUGUCUGAAAAUGCAGUUCCACGAGAUCUGACACCUUCACACCAAUGAACAUAAAGUUAAAUAAAUCAUUUAAAAAAAAUCUAAGACAGGGUGUGUUGGUUACCUGUUUCAUGGCUGUAACAAAAUAUGUAACAGAAGCAACAACCUAUGGAAGGAAGGGUGUGUUCUGGAUCACGGACCCAGGUGACAGGACCAUAAGGCACAUGGUCAGGUGGCAUCAGCCGUCAGGAAAUAGAGACUGAUGGAUGCCGUUGCUCAGCCCACUUUUUUUCAGUACAGAACCCCAGCCCGUGGAAUGGUGCCAUCUUCGUUUAAGGUGAGUCUUCCCACCUCAGUUAUUACCCAGUCCAUACAGGCCCAGAUGAUUGUUUCCAUGGUGAUUCUAAGUCAGGACCAUCAAGGUGAUGCUCAAGGUUAUUCAGCAUAGUGGGUGGUUUAUAAAAGAAAGGUUUUAUAAAAGAAAGGUUUCUGUUAGCUCAUGGUUUGGGAAGCUGGAGAGUCCAAGAGCCUGGUUCUAGAAUCGAGCAGGGGCCACAUCCAGCUUUUACUCGUGGUGGAAAGCAGAAGGCAAGUUGUUGUGUGUCGAAGGGCAAGGAGGAAUGGCGGGGGCACCUUGCAACAACUGCCUCUGUGGGUCUGAGUAAGUUCCAUGAGAAUAAAAAUUCACGAGAAGAAUAGACUCUUCCAAGAAGGUUGCAGCCAUGGCCCAAAAAUGUCCCAGUAGGCUUCACCUCCCACUAACACACAGGACAGUGGUUCUUCACCUGUGAGUUACAACUCCUUUGGGCAUAUGCUGGAUAUCCUGCAUAUCAGACAUUUACAUCACAGUUCAUAGGAGUUAGCAAGAUUAUAGUUAGGAAGCAGCGAUGGAAUAAUUUUAUGGUUGGGGGUCACCACAACAUGAGGAAUUGUAUUAAAGGAGUGAAGGAAUAAAGAGGUUGAGAGCCAUUGACGAGGAACCAAAGUUCCAACUCAUGGACUUUUGGGGACCUGCCCAACCACAACCUUAGUUUUAUAACUCUGAAAACGGUGUCUCCAGAGAAGAGCAUUGAAGUCAUUCAGUCUUAUCACCUGUAGACAGCCAUGAUUGAUCAGAUAUAUUCCCUUUGAGUUCUUUCGUCAAUUUUAUAAAAAAGAGGCUAUGUCAAGCAUGCUAUUUUAGCUGCCAUUGUUCCUUUAACAACGAUUUGAUGUUGACAGAUCACAACUGACGGAGGUCUCUUUGAGGUAGACAUUGUUAGUGGCAGCUUCCAGGUGGGAAAACUGAGGCCAAGAGAUGAAAAGUCACUUCACAGGGGUGACAGAGCUGGGGAGAAAGUCAAGACUCAAGAUGAGUGUCAUCUGUGUCCAAAACCAGAGAGCUUUCCCAUGCCCAGGACGGUCGUUUGCUUCAGAGGAGCUCAUGGUAACCAACAGAGCACAUGGCAGCCGCAGUGUGACCGCCUUGACACAGCCACCGGGACUGCAAACCUGAAAAAGAUGGGCAGCCCCAAGUGCCAGAGAUGCCCACCAAGGGUGGCUGUACCACUCAGAAGAGCCACAGUGGGAAGCUGCUGGGCAGUGUCCAGCAAAGCUGACUGGGGUUUUCUACCGUAAGCCCAGGACUCCAGCCAGCUAGUGUGGUGGUCCUACCCAGAUCCCUAGCACCAGCCUUUGAAAGCUUCUGCCAGGCCAAUUGUGGUCCUCUGCCCCUGCUGGGCCAGAGUGAGCCGGAGAAGGUGCUGCCCCGCCUGAGUGCCGUUCCAGACAGAAGGACCAUCUGCCCACAGUUUCAGAAAUACGAGUUUGGCGUCCGCACGGGCAUCCUGGCCUCACUGGGAGAGUUCUCAGAGCAGCUGAAGGACAUGGUCACCUUCACCCUGGACUGUAGCUUCUCCAUAGAUGAGGCCUUGGAGCAGGCAGGGAUUCCCAGGAGAGACCCAGCAGGACCCAGCCACGCAGGAGCAUACAAGACAACAGUGCCCUGUGCCACCACUGCUGGCUUCUGCUGCCCUCUGCUGGUCACAAUGAGACCCAUUCCCAAGGGCAAGCUGGAAAGGCUGUUGCAGGUCGCUCACUCCAUAGGAGGACAGAAAGGACAGCCAGUCCACAUCGGCGACCCAGAACUUUUGGGAAUCAAGGAACUUUCCAAGCCUGACUAUGGGAAUUAUGUGGAGUGUGGGCCCGAGGACGUCCCAGUGUUCUGGCCUUCACAGCUGACCAGCCUGGAAGCAGUCAUCAGUUGCAAGGCUCCGCUGGCUUUCAUCAGCACUCCAGGGUGCACGGUGAAGAUCUUGAUGGACACUGUGUCCCCAGCCAACUGUCCGACUCCUGAGGAGGUUCCAGAAGUCCACGCCAUUUCCAAAGACCCUUUGCAUUACAGCAUAGUGUCAGCCACUGCGGUUCAAAAGAUCAGAGGGCUGGAGUCCAUGAUCGCCAUAGACCCAGGGAACCGGGGAAUCAGGCACCUGCUACACAAAGAUGAGCUGCUGCGGGCUGCGCUGUCACUGUCUCACGCCCGCUCCAUAUUAGUCACCACUGGGUUCCCCACACAUGUCAACCACGAGCCCCCAGAGGAGACAGACGGCCCGCCAGGAGCCAUUGCUUUAGCCACCUUCCUUCAGGCUCUGGGGAAGGAGACCUCCAUGGUGGUAGAUGAGAGAGCCCUGAGCUUGCACACGAAGCUUGUUGAAGAAGCCGUUAAGCAAGGUGUUCUGACGACACCAAUCCCCAUAUUAACCUACCGAGGUGGAUCAGUGGAAGAUGCUCAGGCAUUCUUGUGCAAAGAUGGGGACCCUAAGUCUCCUAGAUUUGACCACCUGGUGGCCAUAGAGCGUGCGGGGAAGGCUGCUGACGGCAGUUACUACAACGCCAGGAAGGUGAACAUCAAGCACUUAGUUGACCCCAUCGAUGACCUUUUCCUUGCCGCACAAAAGAUUCCUGGAAUCUCAUCCACUGGAGUGGGUGAUGGAGGCAAUGAGCUUGGGAUGGGCAAGGUCAAGGAGGCUGUGAAGAAGAACAUAAGAAAUGGAGAUGUCAUCGCCUGUGAUGUGGAAGCCGACUUCGCUGUCAUUGCUGGUGUUUCUAACUGGGGUGGCUAUGCCCUGGCCUGUGCACUAUACAUUCUGAACUCAUGUAAUGUCCAUGAGCGUUACCUGAGGAGGGCGAUUGGAUCUUCCAGGGUAGCUGGGGAGCAGAGCUGGACCCAGGCCCUGCCAUCUGUUGCUAAGGAAGAAAAAAUGUUGGACAUCCUGGUGCAGAACCAAGUCCGGAGUGGAAUCUCAGGCAUUGUGGGCAUGGAGGUAGACGGGCUGCCUUUCUCCGGUGUUCAUGAUGAGAUGAUCCAGAAGCUGGUGGAUGCCACCACAGAGCACAAGUGACCAGCGUGCUGGCUGUGUGCCAGCUUCCCACCCAGCGGUCAGCCUGUGUCUAGGCAGGAGUACCAGAGCCAUUGCUCUAACUGCCCAUCAUCCUGGCUUCUUCAAGCCACCCUUGUGUCUGCUCUGAGAAUCUUUCUGCCUGCUACUUAAGAAAUAACUCGUCGACAGUUAACUGCAGGGCAGAGCAUAAGAACAGGCAUUGCCGUGACCUGGGCUAAUAAAGAGAGGCUGGAGUGCCCACACCCACACAUGGAGUGUUGGGUUAAAACAC